AGGUGCAGGCGUCGGACUCGGUGCGUGCCGGUGACGUCAUCGGAAGCCGGGACCAUAGAGACACUCGCCCCCUCAGGCACGCGCUGGAGAACUGGAGACCAAGGCAAGCAGCUAGCGCGGGCCGGUGGCGGGCGGACGGUGUGGCUCCGCGUCUGAGACCUGGCUCUGAGCCGUAGGGGUUCGAGUCCCGCUCCUGCCCAGGGUUGCCUCACGGCUUCGCACCACUCUCUGAUCAUCUCACUCAGGAGGCCGUCGGGAGUACAGACGGCUGGCGGCGAGACAAUGAGCGAAAAGCCGAGCAACGAAGGCCCGGAACCUAUGGAGGACCGCGGUCAGGAUGAAGGCAGUGCCGUGGACAGCCCUGCAGUCCCCGCAUCCCAAGAGUCGGGAGCAGAGCCUGGGGCGGCUGUUGCACCCGAGUCCCAGCCCGGACUCUACAGCUACAUCAGGGGCGACCUAUUCACCUCAGAGAUCUUCAAGUUGGAGCUGCAGAACGUACCCCGCCAUGCCAGCUUCAGCGAUGUCCGCCGCUUUUUGGGCCGCUUUGGCUUGCAACCGCACAAAACCAAACUCUUCGGGCAACCCCCUUGUGCCUUCGUGACAUUCCGCAGUGCUGCGGAGCGGGACAGGGCCCUGCGAGUGCUGCAUGGGGCCCUCUGGAAAGGCCGUCCACUCAGCGUGCGCUUGGCCCGGCCCAAGGCUGACCCCAUGGCCAAGAGGCGGCGGCAGGAGGGUGAGGGUGAGCCCCCCACAGCGCACAUUGCCGACGUGGUGACCCCUCUUUGGACAGUUCCCUAUGCUGAGCAACUGGAGCAGAAGCGGCUGGAGUGUGAGCAGGUGCUACAGAGACUGGCCAAGGAAAUUGGGAACACCAAUCGCGCCCUGCUGCCCUGGCUGCUCACACAGAGGCACAAGCACAACAAGGCCUGCUGUCCAUUGGAGGGGGUCAGGCCAUCACCACAGCAGACUGAAUACCGUAAUAAGUGUGAGUUUCUUGUUGGAGUUGGGGUAGAUGGAGAAGACAAUACAGUUGGCUGUCGACUCGGCAAGUACAAGGGUGGGACAUGUGCUGUGGCAUCCCCCUUUGACACUGUGCACAUCCCUGAGGCGACCAAGCAGGUGGUAAAAGCCUUCCAGGAGUUCAUCCGGUCUACCCCAUACUCGGCAUAUGACCCUGAGACAUACGCAGGCCACUGGAAGCAGCUGACUGUGCGCACCAGCCGCCGUGGCCAGGCCAUGGCCAUCGCCUACUUCCACCCCCAGAAACUGAGUCCUGAGGAGCUGGCAGGGCUGAAAGCCUCUCUGGUACACUACUUCAUGGAGGGGCCUGGCAGAGCCAGCGGGGUGACCUGCCUUUACUUCGUGGAGGAAGGACAGCGAAAGACUCCCAGCCAGGAAGGCCUGCCCCUGGAGCAUGUAGCUGGGGACCAGUGCAUCCACGAGGACCUGCUUGGGUUAACCUUCAGGAUCUCCCCUCAUGCCUUCUUCCAGGUAAACACGCCGGCUGCAGAGGUACUGUACACUGUCAUCCAAGACUGGGCCCAAUUGGACAGGGAAAGUACAGUACUGGAUGUAUGCUGUGGUACCGGCACCAUUGGCUUAGCCCUGGCCCAGGUGAGCCCUCUUGCCCUGCCCCUACUGACACCCAGCUUGAACAUUCAGAGGCUGACAUCCUGUUGUACUUCUCGUUCCUUUCAGAAGGUGAAGAGAGUCAUUGGGAUUGAACUGUGCCAAGAUGCUGUGGAGGAUGCCCGGGUGAAUGCCCAGACCAAUGAGCUGAACAAUGUUGAGUUCCACUGCGGAAAGGCUGAGGACCUGGUUCCUGCCCUGGUGAACAAACUGGGUUCCCAACAACUUGUAGCUAUCCUGGAUCCACCCCGAGCUGGCCUACAUUCCAAAGUGAUUCUGGCCAUCCGUAGAUCUGAGAACCUCAAGAGGCUCCUGUAUGUUUCAUGCAACCCUAGGGCAGCCAUGGGCAACUUUGUGGACCUCUGCAGGGCCCCAUCUAAUCGGGUGAAGGGCACCCCCUUCCGACCAGUCAAGGCUGUGGCUGUGGACUUGUUCCCACAAACCCCACACUGUGAGAUGCUCAUCCAGUUUGACAGAAUGGAUUACCCUAAUGGCACAGAUGCUCUAGGGCAUGAAGACCCUCCACCUGAGCCUCCCCCAGAACCUCAUCUUGACAUUCCACAAGAAACUGGGGCCUCCUAGGCCCUGGGAUCUGCAGAAACAAGCAGUUCCAGAGCAGGGUCCAUCAAGAGAACAGAAGCUGGAAGAUUUAUAAUCACAUUUGCUUGGGUAUGCAGUCAUAGGGCACAAGGCCUUGCUGCCCAAUCAGAGAUUAGCUGACUUGAUGCUAUGGGCUAUUGCUCAAAAGAUGGAUGGACUCCUGGAUCCUGUCUACCACCCCAAGUCUUUGUAAUAACCAGCCUGUGAGGGCCAAAAUAAACAAUUGCUUAAACUGUUUCUGUU